AUGGACCACUGCGCGCUCCUGCUGCUCGAUGCCGCCGCCGCGGUGGCAGCCUUUCUCGCCGUCCUCUGCUACGUUGUCGCGCCGGGAGGAGUGAAGGUGCCCAUCAAGGGGCGCCAUGUGUUCGUCACCGCCGGGUCCAGCGGCAUCGGACUCAGCCUCGCGAAGCAGGCCACCGCCGAGGGAGAUAGGGUUUCGAUUCUCGCCCGCAAUCUCCGGAAGCUGGAGGAGGCCCACGAGGAGAUCCGCCGCGCCACCGGGGUGGAGGCGGCGAUCUACAGCGUGGAAGUGAGGGACGAGAAGGCGGUCAGGGAGGCCCUGGAGGAGGCAGGCACCGUCGACGUGCUCGUCUGCAACCACGGGGUCUUCCUCCCGCGGGAGCUGGUGAUGGUGGACAUGGAGGAGGUGAGGUACACCAUCGAUAUCAACGUGGUGGGUACCUUCAACCUGAUACGCCACGCGCUUCCGGCCAUGAAGCAGGCCGCCGGUGGCUCCCCCUCGCGCUCCAUCGCCGUCAUCUCCUCCCAAGCCGACCAGGUAGCCCCUCUCUCUCUCUCUCUCUCUCUCUCGCUGUUCCCAAUGAUGAGGAGGACCUCCUCCUCCUCCUCCUCCUCCUCCUCCUCCUCCUCCUCCUCAUCAUCAUCAUCAUCAUCAUCAUCAUCAUCGUCAUAAUUAUAAUCAUCAUCGAGGUUGACCUUCGUCUUCUUCUUCCUCUGUCAGAUAGGAGUCUACGGGUACACGUCCUACAGCGCCAGCAAGUUCGCCCUCCGGGGCCUGGCGGAGGCUCUACAGCAGGAGUCUUCGAUAACAUCCGCGUCUCCCUCAUCUUCCCCCCGGACGUCGAAACCCCUGGAUUUCAAGAAGGUCACCAUCUCGUUUCCUUCCUCUCUCUUCUUCUCGUGAGUUUUCUUCUUCUCCCUUCUGUUCAUCUAACCUUUGGCAAGUGCUGAGAAAUUCACGACCAAAAACAAGAUCCAUUACCCAAGGCAUCAUCACCUAUUCACCUGGUUUUGCGCAAAACCAUGGACUGCCCUAACCCUGACUCUCGCCGAUUGCAGAGGUGAAGAGGAGGCCCGAGCUCACUAAAAUCCUGUCGUCUUCCUCGCCAAUUAUGACCUCGUCAGAAGAGCUCUGGACGGCAUCAAGUCGGGGAAGUUCCUGGUCACCUGCAACCAGGUGGGGUCCAUCCUCUCCCUCACGACGGCCGACGAGGCUCCGGCGAACUCGGUCCUGGCGGCAUUCUCCGAGGUGGUCUUCGCCGGAGUGAUGCGCCUCAUCGCGCUUUUCAUCCUCCAUGGGUGGUACUCGACCAUAGUAAAAUGGAACGCCAGGCAAAGAAGGAAGGCGGAGAAGAUGACGUGA